CCUGCAGUAUACAGACAGGAGUUGACACCUUCUAACCAGCGGUAGACAUGUAUUUGCCUGGUGCCUCCCUUCUGUUUCUAUGGGCAAAUCAUGCCCUAGCUGCAGGCAACGCAGCACUCCAUCACAACCAGGCUCGCCAAGCGACGCCGUAUGCCGUCAAAGAACCCCCAUUGACCACACCAUGGACGGACAAAGCUGGCACCGAUCCUUGGCCAGAGUAUCCCCGUCCGCAGCUCGAACGAUCUGAGUGGAAGAACCUCAACGGAAUCUGGCAGUAUCAGGACGCACAAAGCCUGGCUGCUCUUGACAGUCCCCCAUUUGGACAACCUCUCGCACACGAGGUUCUGGUGCCUUCCUGUCUGGAGAGUGGCCUAUCUGGCAUCCAAGGCAAAGAUACCUUGUAUUCAUGGUUUACCACGCAGUUCACAAUUCCUCCGUCUUUCAAAGACCAGAAUGUUCUCGUGAACUUUGCUGCGGUAGACUAUGAGGCAACCGUCUUCGUCAAUGGCAAAAAGGCCGGGUUCCACCGCGGAGGCUACUUCCAUUUCGCAUUUGAUAUCACAGAGUUCGUGAAUCGUGAUGGCGAAAACGAACUCCUCGUCUUUGUGCAUGACCCCACAGAUAGCGGCGACGAUGUCAUUCCUAUCGGCAAGCAAAGACUAGUCCCCGCACAUAUCUUCUAUACGCCCUGCAGCGGCAUUUGGCAGAGUGUCUGGAUCGAAGCUGCUCCGGCGAACCAUAUCACCCGACUGGAUCUUGACGCCGACAUGAACGGCAAAGUUACUGUCACUGUGAAUACUGCGACAGAAAGCGCGUCGCCAGUCGAGGUCACGGUCUAUGACGGUGAUGAACAGGUGGGAUCCGGCGAGGGAACGUCAGACGAGACCUUCAACUUCCUUGUUGACGGUGUAAAGCUAUGGUCGCCAGACUCCCCGAAGUUGUACAACGUGACUGUCACGAUGGGUGCAGAGGAAGUCCACAGCUAUGUCGGUUUCCGCACGAUUGCGAAAGGCAAGGUCGACGGUGUCGUACGCUACUGGCCUGAUGGACUCUAUACGCCACCCACACGAGAGGCUAUGGUAUACGACCUCAAAUUCUUGAAGGAUCUUGGGUUUAACAUGGUUCGAAAACAUAUCAAGGUCGAGCCAGCACUUUUCUAUCGGGCCUGCGACGAACUAGGCCUGCUAGUCAUCCAGGACAUGCCGUCGCCACGUCCCCUGUCCAGACCUGAUGCUUGUGCCACCAGCGACAUUAUACCGAAUGAGUCGCAACAGGACGAGUUCUCCAGACAGUUGGAGGUCCUGGUGAACCAGUUCAAGAGCUACCCCAGUAUCAUUGCCUGGGUCAUCUAUAACGAGGGCUGGGGCCAGAUCACCUCGUACUACCCUGAGUUCGAAUUAACAGACCGAGUGAAGGAGCUGGAUCCAAGCAGAUUGGUCGAUUCAACAUCCGGCUGGAUAGACCAUGGCGCAGGCGACUUCAGCGAUAAUCAUCACUAUGCCAAUCCCCAGUGUGGAACUCCAUUUUACUCCCUGUCGUCCAGCCCCCAUGAUCCCAGCCGUAUUGGUUUCCAAGGAGAAUUUGGAGGCAUCGGUCACAACGUCUCCAUUGAAAAUCUCUGGAACGUCCAAGAGGCCAUCAAUCAUAUCAACGAGACGUAUGAGAUCGAUGAGACACUCGAAGCAUGGAACUACCGCGGUCACAUCCUGUUGACGGAAUUCGAGGACCAGAUCCGCCGGUUCGAAUGUAGCGGUGGUGUCUGGACACAGACUACUGACGUUGAAGGCGAGGUGAAUGGUCUGAUGACAUACGAUCGCCGCGUGAAGCGUGUGGAUGAGGAGCAAUGGAAGAACGAUAUUCAGGCACUUUAUGAUGCGGCUGCUCAACGGGGUGCUCCAUCCAAGAUGAGGCUGUAGGGAGAACGAGUUAACGACCACAUUGUUUCUUUCAUUGUCAGGUUUGAACGACCCCGUCUUUUCCUUGCCUAUCUUUCAGAUGAGUUACAUAUUUGUGCCCUUGGGCUUAAUUCACUUGUACAUGGUCUUAAUUUCACUGUGAGAUGAUGAUUUGCAUAAAUAUCCUGAAUGUCAGUGAAUACU